AUGGCACAUAUCCCUGCUGUUGCUCCUGUGACUCCUCCUCUGCUCUCUCCUGCUGUGGCUGCAGCUGCACCUGCUGCUGCGGCCGGGACUCCUGCUCCACUCUCUCCUGCUGUGAACGUGAAUCCUCCUCUACUCUCUCCUGAUGUGACUGCACCUGCUCCUGUGGCUCCUCCUCUGCCCUCUCCUGCACGCUCAGCUACACCUGCUGCUGCGGUCGGGACUCCUGCUCUACUCUCUCCUCCUGCGAACGUGACUCCUCCUCUAAUCUCUCCUACUGUGACUGUACCUGCUGAUCUGGCUCCUCCUCUGCCCUCUCCUGCUGUGGUGGAAGCUGCACCUGCUGCUACGACCGGGACUCCUGCUCUACCCUCUCCUACUGCGAACGUGACUCUUCCUCUACUCUCUCCUGCUGUGGCUGCGAUUGCAUCUGCUGCUGCAGUCGUGACUCCUCCUCUACUCUCUCCUAAUGUGGCUGUGGCUCCUCUUCUACUCUCUCCAGGCGCUGCAACUGAGAGUGCGCCUGCUGCUGCUGCUGCUGCUGCUGCUGUCGUGCCCUCUCAAAGCUCUCCCGCUCCUCCCUCUCCAACCGGUCUAGACGUUGCAGACGAGUCAGGAAACGUACAGCGCGUGGUGUAG